AAAAAAAAAUUUGUUUAAUUUUGAAUUGAAAUGGACGUUGGUUUUGGUGUAAGUGUCGAUUGUAGAACCUGUUCUGUGUUCUAAAGUUUCAUGCUCGAUUUUGCAUUUUGCGUACAAAGCUAAUGUCUGAAAUGAAAUUGUAUAAUAAUUGAGGACACAUUUGUUACGAAGAAUGAAAUUAACUGACUUAAACCUACUUAUUUGGGAAUAUGUCAUUUACUGUAGCUGAUCCAAUUUACUACAACAAACCAGUAUACCGUUUUGGUUUUUUAAGACCUAGAAAUAUGGAUACCAAGAAGAAUCUGUUGGACCACUACAUUGAAGAGGAUUCCAUUAAUCCCUCUGAAGAUGCUAUUAAAGUUUUCCUAAGGCUGAAACCAACUCUCAUUGAAAGUAAUGUUAUACAAGUGUUGGAUGCUAAAACUAUACUUUUCAAAAUGCCUCAAGAAUUUAUGCAAGCACGUAACAAGCUGAAUAUGCCAGAUCAUUACAAGUAUUCCUUCUCACAUAUAUACGAGCCGAACACAACCCAAAGUCAGAUAUACACUGGUUGUGUUGCACCAUUAAUUAAGAACCUGUUUAAUGGGCAACACUGUCUACUUUUUACCUACGGAACUACAAAUGCCGGGAAAACUUUUACUGUACUAGGUAAUGGAGAUAAUCCUGGAAUCAUCCCUCGCACAUUGACGACAGUGUUCAAAUCAAUAUGUGGAAAAGAGUACAAGAAUGAUCAAAUAAUGCCUGACAAGUUCAACUCGGCCAUAGAAGUUACCGAAAGUACUCUGGCAGCAGAGAGAAAAUUCAAAGAAGAAAUUUUAACAUGGAGCCACCGAACGACUCAAAUGGAUUCCAAACUUCACAAAACCAACAGCACGGUUAGAUCAAGUGUUGAUGAAAUAUUUGGAGAGUCUGUGUUCAGAGAAAUGCAGAAACGUUUAACCAAUGACACAUCCAUUGUUGAGUAUGCAUCAGAAUCAGAUGACCGAUUUUCUGUGUGGGUCAGUUUUGCUGAGAUUUACAAUGAAGCAAUUUACGAUCUGUUGCAACCUGUCACUCCCAACUUCAAACGAAAACAACUCAAAUUGGGUCAAGAUAAUCACAAGAAUUAUUACAUUAAAGGACUCAAACACGUGUUUGUCGAGUCGGAGGAGGAGGCGUACAAAGUAUUGAUGUUUGGUAAGACAAAUCUCCAAGUGGCAGCCACUGGGAUGAACACUAGGUCCAGCAGGUCUCAUUGUAUAUUCAACAUCAAACUGAUCAAGAGUCCUAAUGUGGAACACCCUGAGCGAGUGGUGGUUAGCAGCUUCGCUAUAUGUGACUUGGCUGGAGCAGAAAGGCAGAAAAAGACUCUGAAUGUUGGUCUUAGAUUGAAGGAAUCACAAAACAUCAAUUGUUCACUUCACGUCUUAAGUCGAUGUUUUACAAUUAUCAGAGAGAACCAGAUGAACAUGGAGAGCAAAAUGAUCCCAUUCCGUGACUCGAAGCUGACUCAGCUGUUCAAACACGCUCUGACAGGCAAAGAGAGUGUUACCAUGAUUGUUAAUGUCAACUCAGACUAUCAGCUCUGUGAAGAGACCCAGCAUGUGCUAAAGGCAUCAGCCAUUGCCAAGCACAUAGUUGUGCAGCAACGGAAGCCCAAGCAGCACAAACGGGACAUACGACAGAGUGUGUUCUCUCAGAUUGUCAAACACAAUCGCAGUACUCUCAUACGGUGGGACUCAUGUGUCAAGCCUAAAGCCAAUGAGCUUAUGCAAGAGGACAUAAUUGAGGAACAAAACAAAAAUGAACGAGAACAGAAACAAGAACAGUAUGAGAAUCUCCUGAGUCUAGUUGAAGAGCUCAAGGACAAACUAAAAGAAGAAAAGUUAAAGCACAAUGAAACAAAAAAGAAUUGGAAAGCUAAAGAGGAGGAAAUCAGACAAGAAGUAAAAAGAGAACUAACAGAAUAUUUGGAGAAAGCCAAGGAGCAAGAAAACCUAGACAACAAGAGAACUGAAGCUACAAAACAAGAGAUCAACAAAGACAUGAAACGUAGACUUCAUUCGCCCGAAGAGUGUGUAGAAAUUAAGAAACCCAAGCCCAACCAAGCAGAGCUUGAUCAGUCAUUUGAAAUACAAGAUCUGCAAGGAGAAGUAAAAUUGCAGCAGAAACAGAUCGAUGGCCUGACAGAUCUAAUCAACAUCCUAAAGGAGGAGAAGAAAGAGUUGGGGAUGGAGUUGGCGCUUGCUCGACUCAACUUGAGUCAUAGAGAACGGGACAUUACAAAUCUAAAGGCUAAGAUUGAAAUGCUGGGGGAGAAGAGUUCUCUGCAUGAAAAGUUCCUAUCUUUAGAAAAAGAAAUGGAAGAAAAAAUUAUGCUCCGCGAUCAACUUCUUAAUGAGGCAAAAGAAGACUGGCUUACAGAAGUGCAAGCCAAAGAAGAUCUUGAAGAAGAAAUAGCAAAACUGGAAAAAGAACUAAGUGAUAAGGAGGAAGACAUGCUGAAUCAGAUGGAGGCAUUAAAAGAAAAUAUAAGUGACAAAGAAGAUCAAAUUGAUCUUCUUGAGGCUCGUAUCGAGAAUAUGGAAUAUAUGCAUGAAGAUGAAGUAAAAGAAUACAAGACCAAAUGUACAACACUGGAGGAAGAAAUAGCACGCCUUUGCAAACUUGGAAAAACCAGUCUUUCCGAUGACAUGAAAAUUGAUUUUGAAAGGCAGAUUUUGGAAUUGACAGUCCUGAAAGAAGAUUUAGAAUCUGCAAAAUUGACAUUGGAACAACAAUUAGCUAAACUGACAGAGGAAAACAUUGAUCUCGUAAAAAUUCACAGGAAUGAAAUUCAGGAUUUAAAGAUUAAAUGUGCGACACUAGAAGAAGAAAUACUAUGUCUACGCAAAGUAGAAAAGGACAGUACAACAGAGAGCUCAAAAUCUAAUCUUGAAAAUCAGUUAUCAAAAUUAAAAACACAGAACGAGGCUUUGUUAUGUGAAAAACUAUCAUUGGAAGAACAACUAGCAAGACAGACUGAAGGGUUUAAAGCUUUCAGACAAGAAACCGCUGAAAGACUACAAACUUUAGAAAAGCAGCAUGAAGAGAACAUGACCGAAUUAAGUGCCCGUGAAGAGAAAAUAGUGAAGUUGAAUCGUGAAAUAAAAACUCAUCUUGAAAAUUUAGAAUGCAUUGAAGUGAAACUUAUUGAAAGAAUCAAAGAGGCUGAUUGUUACAAAUUGUGUAUAGAGGAGAACCAGAAAGAAUUUGAUUUAGUAAGGAAUAAGUUAGAAAGUGAAAUAACUGAACUUGUCAAAAAGUCUGCAGAACAAACCGAACUAUCUGUUAAAAGUAAUGAACUUAAAUCCAAAUUUCAGUCAUUAAGCGAAGCUUUAGCAAAAAAAUCUGAAGAGAUCGAAAAUCUUCAAAAGAACAUUGAAUCUCUUAAUAUAGACAAGAAGAAGGUUGAGGAGGAACUUCGCUCUGAAAUUUCUACUUUGGAGGAGAGUUGUAAGAAGCAGUUGCAAGAAACAACAAGACUGUGGAACUCUCAAAGAGUGCAGGAAAUUGAAAAUGAAAAACUUGCCAAAGAGCUGUCAAAAGUUAAAAAUAUUAUGGGUGAUUUAAGCAGGUCUUUAAAAUCCAAAGAACAUGAGUUGGAAUGCUGUCGAAACCAAAUGUUGGGAUAUGAAAGAAUGGUGCCCACUCUACAAUCAGAAUUUGAAGUUCAGCGAAAAGAAUUACUGGAAUAUAAAAAGAGGUGUGAAGACCAAAAAGAAACCAUCAUCAACAUGGAGAGGGAGUUGGAUUCAUUCCAAGUAAAUCAAAAGGAAAUAAUGGGGAAAUAUGAAGAAAACCUAAAGAAAACUAGAGAAGAAAAUGACUCACUCAAAAAGGAAGUAGCAAGAGUCACUACAACGUUCUACAAAUCUACACCUACUCCAAAAAAGAUUCUUGAGAAAGAAAUUGAGGAGCAGAAAGCACAAAUACACGACCUACAGAGGCAACUUGAAGACAAAGAGGCUUACUGUGAGAGACUGCUAAAAGAAAAUGAAUGUCUGUGUUCUCAAAUUGGACAAAUACAAACUGCUAUGGAUGGUGCAAAUAAAGAAAAUGAUUCCGUUUUUUGUGCAAAAGGAGCAAAGCCAAAGACUAAGACUUCUAAACUAGCAAUGGAAUUGGAUGUCAGGCGGAGAACUCAAAGCUGUGUAGGCGAGAGCAAUAACAUCUCUGACUCUCUGGAUGGAAAUAAAUCAAAAAGUGCCUCCAAAGCUAGAACAAGAAAAACAACUCGAGCCGCUACAAUUGUCCCGGCUAUCCUUGUCAGUGAAGCCGGUAACAGCAAAGCUGAUAACAAGACAACAGACACAAAGAAACAGUAUCGCAGAAAACUGUGGGAUGCAACCCUCAAUAAUGAAGAACAGCAAUUUGAUGAUGAUGAGAGGUUGACAAUACCAGAAGAUUCACCUCAUACCUACUACAAACGAACCCUCCGAACCCGCAACAAAUAAUGUAGACUGUUAAAAAGACUUAUUCUUAUUACUUGUUGUGUGCUUGAUUCAAACUUUAUAUGUGUAUUUUAUAGUUUUAUAAUUGUACAUUUUUAAAUUUAAAUAUUAUGCUCUAAAGAGUUGACUGCAUUUUAUUCUAUAAAACUUGUUUUGUUAUAACUAUUUACUCCAAUAAGUCCAAAAGUUUUGUUUAUUCGCAGAUGUAAUUAUGUAUGUAGUAUUAAGUAUUUAAACAUUUAAAAUCAUAUUUGACAAAAAUGUACACAGUAUUUUACCUGCUAAGUAGACAUAAUAAACGUGAUUUCUUUCCAAUUUCAAAGCAGUUUUUGGGGAAGAAGAUUUUACCACGACAGACCAACGCAAAGUUACUUUAAAUUAAAGUAAUUUGUUAACUAAUUGUUAAGCCUAUUGAUCUGUGAAUUGUGACACGUGGUCAGGUGUUUCCUCAAUCUCUUCUUAUCAGUUAAUUCCAUUACCUGUGUUUUCUUCACUCAGCUUUAGUUAAAAUUUUGUAAAAUAAAAACACGGAGGGACUGUAAAACCUUGAUAGCAAGUCUCUCAUAGGGAUUAUCAAACAGUACUUGUUAUCAAGGUUAACUUCUUAACUUCUACCACUUUUGCAAUGACAUGUUGACAAAAUUAAGGGUAUAUUUACACUUAAGGGUGACUUGCUACUAAGGGGCUUGUAAUUGAAGUUCCACUAAUAGCGUAGAGGUAAAGAGGCCUAAAUGGCUUUAUAAUUUAGGUCAAUAAUAUAAAUAAGAUUACUUACUGCCGUGGCUCCACAAAUCUCAGUUGAUUCUUCGCCUCGUUUACCAGCCUCUUCCACCCUUCUCUAUCUUCAGCCAAGUUGACAUUUGCACCCAUUGUCCUGAUGUCGUUCAAUACUUGGUCAGUCCAUCUCAAUUUCGGCCUUCCCAAUGGACGUUUACCUCCAGGUGUGGCUCUCCAAACUUCAUACAGUCUUGUUCCUUUCUCUCUUCUUAGCACAUGCCCUAUCCAACGUAACCUUCUUCCUUUAACUAUUGCAACAAUAUCUGGAUCGGUGUAUAGUGAUCUUAACUCUCUAUUUUUCCUUAUUCUCCACAUUUGUCCCUCCUGCACUGGACCAAAAAUUUUUCUUAGGACUUUAUUUUCAAACACCAUGAGUCGGUUUUCAUUUUUCUUGGACAAUACCCAUGUUUCACUACCAUAUAACAAAAUAGGUUGAAUUUUUUUUCUUAUAUAAUUGUAUUUUGGUUCUGUGAGAUAAUACUUUAGAUGAGAUCAACUUCUUGCAGGCUCCCCAACACUUAUUAGCAUUUGAUAACUUAGUUAGUAUGUCUUCAUCUUCUGAGUUUCUACUAUUUACAGUUACUCCUAAAUAUUUUAAACUUUCUGUACAAUUUAUAGUUAAGUUCUUUAUCUGUAUGUUUCUGUUUCUAUUGUUUGCUUGUCUUCCAAAGUUAAUGAUUUUAGUUUUUUUCUACAUUUACUUGCAAUUCUAUUUUGUUUGCUUCUGUGAUAAGUACUUCUGCCAAACUUACCAAGUUUCCAACAGUUUCAGUUUCUGACAAAAUGACCACAUCAUCAUCAAAUGCCAAUAUGUUUAGAUCUACUCCAAGCUUAACACCCAAUCCAAGUUCUUUUGUUUUCUGCAGGGCUUCUUCCAGUGCUAAGUUGAAUUUUAAACAACUUUUCCACAAGCUGAUUCUGUCUAUGCUGUCGUAUGCUUUUUUUAAAUCUAUAAAUAUUGCACUAACAUUCUUGUUGAACUCCCAAUAUUUUGAAACUGCCUGCUUUAGAAGAAAUUAAAUAAAUAAAUAAGAUUAAAUCAAUCUAAAUUAAACAUAAUGAUGACAUUUAGUUCUGCCAUACAAUGUACUGUAUAUCAGUUAUUGUAUCAUGGGCCUGCAUUGUCUACAAUGACAAUCUUUUCACUUUGCCUGUAUACUUUUACAUUUAGAUACCUCUUUCUCUUCAUUUGUAAUUUGUUAUACAGUUUUGUACUCUUGUAAUAAAUUUAGUAUCUUUUGUUUAAUGGU